AUGGAAGAAAUCGAAACUUCAACGUGUAUUCCUGCUGAAAAACAAAACGGAAAUAUGUGUAUUAAUGGUGAAGGAAAAACUCCUUUUCUUAUAGGGGUAGGCGGAGGAACUGCGAGUGGAAAAUCGACCGUUUGUAAAAAAAUAAUUGAAAAACUUGGACAAGCAGACAUGGACCACACACAAAGACGAGUUGUCACAAUUAGUCAAGAUUGCUUCUAUAGAAGAUUGACACCUCCUGAAAAAGAGAAAGCUAAUAAAGGCUGUUUUAAUUUUGAUCACCCUGAUGCAUUUGAUGACGUAUUAAUAUUAAAAACCAUGAAAGAUAUUCUAGCUGGUAAAAAAUGUCUAAUUCCUGUAUACAAUUAUGCAACAAACUCAAGAUCUGAAAAUCUAUUUACAACAAUUUACCCUGCUGAUGUUGUGUUGUUUGAAGGAAUAUUAGUUUUUUAUUUUCCUGAAGUUAGAGAAUUAUUUCACAUGAAAUUGUUUGUCGACACUGAUUCAGAUACCAGAUUAGCCAGAAGAGUUCCUAGAGAUAUUAAAGAAAGAGGUAGAAAUUUAGAUCAAGUAUUAAGUCAAUACAUGAAUUUUGUUAAGCCAGCUUUCGAAGAUUUCUGUAUGCCUACGAAAAAAUUUGCAGAUAUUAUUAUUCCAAGGGGAGCUGACAACACAGUUGCAAUUAAUCUCAUCAUCGACCGGAUAGGGAAGAUUCUUCAUUCCAGAAAUCAUCGUUGCACCUACAGGAACAAAUCAAAUUUAAUGCCGAUGACUCGAUAA